AUGGAUUUCCGGCUUGAUCCAGUAUGGUUGCUGCCGGGUUUUACCGAAUUCCAUCAACUUCCGGCAUGUUCCGAUGUUGGAUCCGGCAGGAUUCUGCCGCCGGAAUGGACAACAUACCCUAAUCUAGUAUUUACGCUGAAAGUUUCAGCCUUCAAGCAUGUUUCAUUUCAGAGAUAUAGAAUUUUUCAUUUUUCAAGGGAUAGCUGUCAGUACAUUUUGUGGUUGCAAAUGUACAGAAAGAAUGAAAAAACACAAUUCACAUAGUUUCAAUAAACAUCGAUUAAUGGCAUUCAAUGAAUCGUUAGAAUUACUUCGAAAUACUAAAAAAGGCUUUGUAUUUGAUCUAUGCAAUAGUGAAUUCAAUAUAAGACAUAGCAAAUGGAAAGAACAUUCACAAAGUCAGCUUGUAGUUCAAGAAAACCAAUCCAUCAGGAAAAGAAUGAGCCAAUAUUCUGUUGGCGUAUGAGAGGUUACAAUAACAUUAUCCUGGCAUGAUAGUAAAGGGAUGGACACAAUAGAGGACCUCCCUACGAUAGAAGACCCCUCCUGUUACAAGAUCCCUCUUGAACUCAUAACGCAAAAACCACGCUAGAAGACCCCCUUCUUUUAUCGAUUUUUUGACCUAAAAUAUGUUGAUUUUGAGGUUCAAUCAAACACUAAUCUUUGCGUUUGCCUU